AUGGACGGCUCCUUCCACGACGAAGAUUUCUCGUCCUCUGUUGCGUGGGAGACGGGCGCUCCCACCUCGUCGACCGCGACUUCAUCAGCCAACGCGACAUCGUCUCCUCAAGCGCACACGGGCACCGGUGGAUACUCUGCGUACUCGCACGAUGCCUCCCCUGGGCUGGCUGGGCCGAGGACGGGCACAGAAGGGCGCUCGGGCUUUGACGGGACGGGCGACGGUGGGGCUGCGGGAGCGAGGGCGAACGGGCUGGCGGUGACCGACGUGCAGGUCAGGGACGGCAAGGUCGAGCUCGAAGGGACGAGCGAUACGUUCGUGUCGUACCUGGUGACCGCCCAGAGCGAGCUGCCAUCCUAUUCGAGCAAGACGCCUUCUGCGCGACGACGCUUUCACGACUUUGUCUUCCUCCGCGACGGCCUCGUCAAGGACUUUCCCGCCUGCGUCGUGCCGCCCCUGCCAGAAAAGCACAGAAUGGAGUAUGUGAUCGGAGACCGCUUUAGUGCCGAGUUCAUCGAGCGGCGAAGACAAGAUCUCGAGCGAUUCCUGCAACGGCUAGCGCGGCAUCCGAAGCUGUCGCGAACAGAGAUCUUCCAGAACUUCCUCGAGUCGACAGAAUGGAACGUCUACAAGCACAAGCACCAUGCUCGCGCCUCCUCGAUCGACGACGGCCACUCAGGCGUCCUCGACACCCUCUCCGAUACGCUGCUCAACGCCUUCACCAAGCUCAAAAAACCCGACGAGCGCUUCGUCAUCAUGCGACAGCACCUCGACUCGUUCGAAGAAGGCCUGACUUCCCUCGAGCGGCUCGCCGGGCGGUCAAAGACGCGCAUGUCGGACUUGAGCGGCGACUACGAGGACUUGGCGGUGUCGGUCCAGGGGUUGGGUUACCUCGAGAGCGGAAUCACCGAGCCUCUGAUGCGGUUUGAGCGCGCGUUGGUCGACUUUGGCGCCAAUGUCAAGGACCACUCGGCCUCCGCCUCGGAAGGUUUCCUCGAACACGUCCACUCGCUCCUCGCCUACUCGCAGUCGUUCAAGUCGGUCCUCAAGCUGCGAGACCAGAAGCAGCUCGACUUUGAGGAACUCAGCUCGUACCUCUCGAACGUUGUGAGGGAGCGGGAUCGACUGGCCGGAGGGUACGGGUACGGGAUGGGCAUCGGGAGCUACCUCAAGGAACGGAUGGAGACUUUGAGGGGUGGCGAAACGGACAUGAGUCGGGCGGCGCGGCUGCAGCGGUUGGAUGCGAAGAUCAAGGAGCUCCAAGAAGCGGUCCUGCACGCGCAAGAGACAUCGACGGCCUUCAAUGAGCAGGUCCUCGCCGACCACGAGAUCUUCCGCGGUACGAAGCGUCAUGAGAUGAAGAAGCUUCUGGGGGCGUUCGCCGAUGGACAAAUCAAGAUGCACAAGGCGAGCAUGCAGGCGUGGGAUCGGACUAUUCCGCCUCUUCAGCGCAUCUAUGUCGAGCCUUGA